UAUCAAUCCGUACCUGACGGACUUAUACAAAACUUGUUAACUACAGUCUACAGUCUACAGUCUCAUCGCUAUCAGGUUAUUGAUCUUCUCACUCUACAAACUUGGGCUAUUACCCGAAGUCCCAAGUAUAAUGCCUUAAAUUCUAAUUACCCGUCUACAAUCGAACCCAACCCCCAGACCACAAUGGCCUCCAACACUCUCCGCAUGGAUCCCAAGAUGGAUCCCCGCAUGGAAACCCUCCGGAAGAUAAGCUCCCAGCGACUUCCCCCACCAGUCCUGUUUCAAGGGCCCCCCUCCCACAAUGCCUCCAACAUCUCGAUUCCGCCGCCCCCUGCAGCAGUCGGGGUCAUCCCCGGAGAUCGGACAGGGCCGGAACCUGGACCAGGCCGAGGAGGCAGUCAAUCGCCGCCGCUGCAUCGGAACCGGCCCGCCCGCGGCGGCCUCGAGGCCUCUGGCGGCGGCACCUUUGGCUCACCCUUCCUCACUCGCAAGCAGUCCAAGGGGGACAUCGAUGGCUCCGAUGCGAUCUGGCAAGAGAUGCAGAGCGCGCUCUCGGAGGUGGAGCUGAGUGCCACGACGGGCGAGCAUGUGUUCGGGGAGAAACAUUCCGAGGCGUUGGAGGAUCUCCGGGCCAAGCAGCUGAAGCUCGCGCAGGCGUGGGCGCGCAGCGAGGCCGCGGAUGACAGAGCCGCGGAUGCGAAAGAGGCGGCUCCGCCGGCCAAGGGUGCUGCUGCUGCUGCUGCUACCUCGCAGGGACAGGGGGCGCGGGGCGUCGCGGGUCCUGGCGUCUCCGGGGAGCCGGCUCCCGUGGAGGAUGGCGGCGCGGCGCGGAAUCUGGAUGAGGAGACGGAGAAGGAUAUUCUCCUUGCGCGCGAGAGACGCGAGGCUAACGAUCGGUACUUUGAUCGUGUGAACAAUGGCGUGCUGGAUGUCGUGGCCAAGUUGGAGGAGGUCGCCCAGGCUAUGCGUGCUGUGGAGCGGGAGAGUCAAGAUAUCUGGAGCGAUACGGAUAGUGUGGGCACGGCGACAGAGACUACUGCCGAUGCGGGCUGAAGAAGCAGACGCGGGCCCGCACUCGAGCUUUCUCACCUAUAUGAUUCUCUCUGGCAAGAGAUCAGCUGGUAUGACAAUUGCGCCUGCAGGUGGCUUUCAUGCUACGGACCUGGAUUGGAUACUGCUGGAACUGGAGUUUGACGGUUCAAACCAAAGGCGGAUGCCACUGUGCGAGGAGGGCAAUAUCCGACCUUCGCCGCGUCUAUCUAUACUAAUACCGAUUAUUUGUCUACACCAGACUUCUGUCAUUUUAAAACGACGAGCAAUAAUCAAUCCGCAACAAACACAGUAGAAGAACAUCCCAAACUUUUCAAAGUACCAACAACGAAAUCAAGGGUAUCAGAGACACAAACUACACCCGAUAUCAUACAAGCCCAAG